AUAUAAAAAAGAAGCAAAUUGAGAAAAUUAAAAUGGAAUAUCUGAAACUGUAAAAGCUUUCAGGUCCAGUUAUAGGCACUUUCAUGGCCUCCACCGCAGAACAGUCGCGACGAAGAGACGAAUCAGAGUUCAAUUUGAGAGAAUGGGCCCUCAAGGCACGUAUCAGCCGUGAAAACACCAAUUCCAGAAGGUUUUCCGCAUCCAAUAUCAGAAGCUUUAGAGAGGACACACGGUCUUUCAGAUCAAACAUAACCAUUUCAAGCACCGCUUCUUCCCCUGGCUACCCUUUAAAAGAUGAAAUCGACCCUUCCACAUAUUCAUUCACCACUGCUCUUAAAGCAUUGCAGGCAAGAUCAGGCUUCAAUGGUUGGGAGUGCUUAUCGCCGGACGGGUUUGCUUUGAACUCCAAGUGGAAUGAAGCAGAAAAAUAUAUAAGCAACCCACUUUCGGGGGAGGUUCCGAUGGAGUGUCUGUCUGCUAAAACACUAAGCGGAAGAUCCUUUCGUAACAUACCCAAUAGAAUUACCAUGUCUGCGCCUCUUGUUUACUCUUCCCAUUCACGACAGCUCCAAACAAAGCCGCCUUCAACUUCUGCACAAGAAGGCUCAGUAGUUCUCCAAUUGCCAAUUCCAGAAAAUAAAGUAGAGGGCAUGAUGAGUACUAGAGAUGUGGGGACUCAAAGCACACCGCCUGAUCUUAGUUCAAGCAGUCCAAGCCCUGCUUCCACCCCUUCCAUCAUAGAGAGAUCAAUAAAGCGAUUUGAAAUAGAAGCCGGAGAUUCACCCAAUUCAAAUGCAAAAAUCAAAACUAAGGAAGAGGUGGAAGUGAAAGAAACAAGAGACGCAGAAGAAACAAAAAGAGAAAAGGAGGAGAGAAAGAAGAAAGAUGAGCAAAUGUGGAGGCAAGCUGGGUGCUUGUCGUGGAUGAGAAAAAAAAGACAGAGAGAGAAACGAAAACCUAGAAAGAAUAAUAUCUUUCUAACUCAUCUCAAAGGGUGCUGAAAAAGGGUAAAGAAUAUUAGGCUGGGGAGAUUCUCUCUCCUCUCUCUUUUUCAGGCCAGGGUUUAGCAGGCCCGGCCGGCCAGUGAGGGUGACCCGUAGGAAAAAAAUGAAAGCAAUCAUGAAGGGGAUGGGGUCUAUGGUGGUUGUUUUCUUUCUGGUUUGUGUUGCUUAGUUAUCCUUAUGUUUUGUUUUUGUUCUGGUUUAGAUAGGCUAGCUGACAGCUUGGGGUUCACGUGCAUGCUUUUGUUUCUGCCUCAACGAUGGAAUAUAUGGUUCUGAUCAUCUCUCUCUCUCUCUCUCUCUCUCUCUCUCUCUCAGAAUAAAUUCAGUUGAAAUAUUUUGUCGGUCACAAAACCCAGUAAUUUCUCUUGUACCACAUGCAAGAAGUUUAUGGGCAGUUUUGCACUCUGUUUACUAAAAAGACUUGGACUUGUUUAUUAAUUAAGAAAUUAGCCUAGUUUGGAUUUUGUCUCAA